AAACAAAUAUAUUUUGAAUCCACAUAGAAAGAAAGAAAGUUCUUAAUAAAGAAUAUAAUUCAAAUACAAUGUCUACGUAUCGUUUGGUUUCAUGGGGUGCAAAUUCCCAUGGGCAAUUAGGACAAGGUUUAUUAUCGGAGCAAUUUAUUCUACCUCAAGAAGUUGAUUUAUCUGGUUGUCCCCUGAGGCCAGAACUCGUAAAGAAAAUUGUCGGCGGUGCCGGACACACGUUGAUUUUAAACGCGGAUGGUCACGUUUAUUCCUGUGGAUUGAACAAUAAAGGACAAGCUGGAAACACCGACGUCGAGCAAGAAAAUGUUCUAAUGUUUCAGAGGAUACGUGCUCUCGAGCACGAAGUAGUAAUUGACAUCUGCUGUGGAUGGGAUAGCUCCGCGGCGUUGACGAGGAACGGUGAAUUAUACGUAUGGGGUUCUAAUCGUUACGGACAAUUGGGUCUGGAUCCUUCAGUUUUUCCCUCAAUACCGCAACCCCGGAGACUCUCAGUAGGCGAAAAAAUAAAGAAUGUUUCUAUGGGCCUGCGACACACCGCUGUAGUAACAGAGACUCGUGAGCUCCAUGUGUGUGGAUCAAAUAAUAGAGGACAAUUAGGUUUGAUUAAUCCAGAAACUACAAAGCCUUACGUUCUUCUUAGUGCAUUUACCAAAGUUGCAGAAUGGACGAUGCAAGGAAACGUGGAAAAUGUUGCGUGUGGCCAAUAUCAUACUGUCGUUAUAACAAAGAGGCAAACGUAUAAUACAUAUGUUUUUGGUGAUAACAAACAUGGACAAUUGGGACUCUUUCCUGUAACAUCUUCUGAAACACGAAUAUCGCAACCUGUAUGUAUUCCGCUCUCCGACGUACAACAUGAUGCGCCAAUUCAAAUUCACACAGGCUGGAGUCACAUAAAUAUCUUGAGCAACGGUACUAUUUUUUCAUGGGGAAGAAAUGACUAUGGCCAAUUGGGCCGUCCUUUGUCGAAACUACAAAAUGGAAUUUCUGGGACGGAAGAGAGACUUCGAUGUGUUGAACAUAUCCCAAAAAUCGUCCAACUUUCAGUUGGAUCAGAGCAUAAUAUUGCCUUAACCGAUGAUGGAGCAAUAUUGUGCUGGGGCUGGAACGAACAUGGAAAUUGCGGUAACGGAAAAACGGAGAACGUUCUGCAGCCGGAGUUUGUUCCGAUUCCAUCUAAUUCCGUUGCCGUUCUUGUGGGUGCUGGCGCAGGACAUUCAUUCGCUGUGAUAAAAGACACUAGCUAGCUGCGAUAUGCAGAUAAAUAUGUUAUUAUGUGUUAUUUAUUAAAUGUUGUAAUUGCGAAGUAUUUUUUUAAAUAUAUCUUGACGAUGCUAGUCAAAUAGUUAUUUUAAAUAUUAUAGCGAAACAUUGAUUUGCAUAGUUUAAUCGAAGAGCUGAUCGAAAUUUUGAAUUCACGCAGAGCGCCGCGGCAACUUCCGCCGAACUUCCGCCGCAACUUUCAUCGAACUUUUUUUGCACGCCGAUCAUUUAUUUCCAAACAAGCAAGACGUUGAAUUGAUUGGAUACCGCGGAUGGAGUUGAUUGGAUAUUCCCUAGCAAACUUCCGCCGCGCUGCGCAGCAAGCAUUGUCCGCUUCCUAUGUGCAUCCAUCAUUGUCCAUCAUUAACUGGCAUUAACGUCUCUCAGCGAGCACGGCUAUUAUAAUGCGGCACGGCCUGGGGAUCGUUUUUGAGAAUUCGGAGCGGUAAGUAGGCUUCCGGCGAGUCUUCCCAGGAGUCCCAGGACCGCCGGGAAGCGUUUUCGAUGAAGUCAUCGAUCUCGCGUUCACACCGUCGACGUUCGUCGGCGGCACGUAAGCCGGCGUCGGCAUACGAAUCGAUAGAGGCGGAGACAGAACCAGAAGCGGAGAUCAACUCUUUCGCUGAUUUCAUUCCGUUGCGCUAAAAAAUUGUUCCGCUAGAAUCAGCGGAAUAGCAAAAUAGCCAUGCGGAUAACCUCAUUUUUACAUGCAAUAAAAUAUGCAGUAAAAAUAAUGACGUAUAUCUUUUAUUCCCUUCGAUCAAAAACGAUCCUCACACGAACUGGCUGCUGGAUCCCGGUGCAUGGAUUCGCCGGUUCGUGGUCCGUCCGAUGCGUAGAUUACUUAUAUGUCACGCUUAGUUUAUCAAAAGGAUUCAAAGGAUUCCAGCUCCUUGUUCCGCCGAUCUUCUGAAUUAAGCGGAAAAUGUAAAGGGGGAGUCAGAGGUUUCAGCCAAUCAUGAAACAAUUGUAUUUGAACGUUUAACAUUACUUUAAAUAAUAAAUAUAUUUUAUUGUUA